GAGGCCAUAGGCCUGUCCUUAUGUUUGGGGAAGGAGGCCUAUGUUCCCCAUGCAUUGCCUCCCCUUCCCAUACUCUGCCUUCCAGCAGGUGCCCAGGUCUAAACAAGACAUCUUCUUUCUCCUGUGAAGCCCUCAAUGCCAAAGGGGUCACCACAUCUCGCACGGCCACCAUCACAGUGCUACCCCAGCGGCCCUGCGACCUCCACCUGGUCUCCAGCCAGCCCACAGAGCUGGAGGUGGCUUGGACUCCAGGCCUGAGUGGCAUCUACCCCCUCACCCACUGCACCCUGCAGGCUGUGCUGUCAGACGAUGGGGUGGGUAUCUGGCUGAGAGAGCCAGACCCCCCAGAGGAGCCCCUCAUCUUGCAAGCAUCUGUUCCCCCUCACCGACUUCGGCUGGGCAGCCUACAUCCUCACACCCCUUAUCACAUCCGGGUGGCUUGUACCAGUAGCCAAGGCCCCUCACCCUGGACCCACUGGCUUCCCGUGGAGACACCAGAGGGAGUGCCCCUGGGUCCCCCUGAGAAUGUUAGUGCUGUGCGGAAUGGGAGCCAAGCCCUCGUGCGUUGGCAGGAGCCAAGAGCACCCCUGCAGGGCACCCUGUUAGGGUACCGGCUGGCCUAUCGAGGCCAGGACACCCCCGAGGUGCUCAUGGAAGUAGGGCUCAAGCAAGAGGUGACCCUGGAGCUGCGGGGCGAUGGGACUGUGUCCAACCUGACUGUAUGCGUGGCAGCCUACACCGCCACCGGGGAUGGACCCUGGAGCCUCCCUGUGCCCCUGGAGCCCUGGCACCCAGGACAAAGACAGCCAAUCCACAAGCUGGUGAGUGAACCCCCUGCCCCUGCCUUCUCAUGGCCCUGGUGGUACGUACUGCUGGGAGCAGUUGUGGCCGCUGCCUGUGUCCUCAUCUUGGCCCUGUUCCUUGUCCAUCGGCGGAAGAAGGAGACCCGCUAUGGAGAGGUGUUUGAACCAGCCGUGGAGAGGGGUGAGCUGGUGGUCAGGUACCGCGUUCGAAAGUCCUACAGUCGCCGGACCACUGAAGCCACCUUGAACAGCCUGGGCAUCAGCGAGGAGCUGAAGGAGAAGCUGCGGGAUGUGAUGGUGGACAGGCACAAGGUGGCCCUGGGGAAGACCCUGGGAGAAGGAGAGUUUGGAGCUGUAAUGGAGGGCCAGCUCAACCAGGAUGACUCCAUCCUCAAGGUGGCUGUGAAGACAAUGAAGAUUGCCAUCUGCACCAGGUCGGAGCUGGAGGAUUUCCUGAGCGAAGCUGUCUGCAUGAAGGAAUUCGACCACCCCAAUGUCAUGAGGCUCAUCGGCGUCUGUUUUCAGGGUUCUGAACGAGAAGGCUUCCCAGCACCUGUGGUCAUCUUACCUUUCAUGAAACACGGAGACCUCCACAGUUUUCUUCUGUAUUCCCGGCUUGGAGACCAGCCAGUGUUCCUGCCCACUCAGAUGCUGGUGAAGUUCAUGGCAGACAUUGCCAGUGGCAUGGAGUAUCUGAGUACCAAGAGAUUCAUACACCGGGACCUGGCUGCCAGGAACUGCAUGCUGAACGAGAACAUGUCCGUGUGUGUGGCAGACUUUGGGCUCUCCAAGAAGAUCUACAAUGGGGACUACUACCGCCAGGGUCGCAUUGCCAAGAUGCCAGUCAAGUGGAUCGCCAUCGAAAGCCUGGCAGAUCGCGUUUAUACUAGCAAAAGUGAUGUGUGGUCCUUCGGGGUGACAAUGUGGGAGAUUGCCACACGGGGCCAAACCCCAUAUCCAGGAGUGGAGAACAGUGAGAUUUACGAUUACCUGUGCCAGGGACACCGCCUGAAGCAGCCUGUGGACUGUCUGGAUGGACUGUAUGCCCUGAUGUCCCGGUGCUGGGAGCUAAACCCCCGGGACCGGCCAAGUUUUGCAGAGCUGCGGGAGGAUCUGGAGAACACACUGAAGGCCCUGCCCCCUGCCCAGGAGCCCGAUGAAAUCCUCUACGUCAACAUGGAUGAGGGUGGGGGUCAUCCGGAACCACUUGGAGCUGCUGGAGGAGCUGACCCCUCAACCCAGCCUGACCCUAAGGAUUCCUGCAGCUGCCUCACCGCAGCUGAGGUAUAUCCUGCUGGACGCUAUGUCCUCUGCCCUUCUACAGCCCCUGGCCCCAUCCUGCCUGCUGACAGGAGCUCCCCAGCAGCCCCAGGACAGGAGGACGGAGCCUGAAACACCCCUACACCUGGGACUCCCUCUCAGGACCCAAGCUAGGCACUGCCACUGGGGGGACCCUCCCUCCCCCUGGAUACUUUCCCACUCCGGGUCUUACCCUCAGCUGCAGCCCUCUCUUCCUAUCUAUUCCACUUCUAUCCCAGACAGAUCUUCUCCCUUUUCCAUGCCUUAGUGUUCCUGUGCAUAAAGGGAAAGGGUUGAACUGCAAUCCCUAAGGGUCCUCCCAGGUCUAACAGUCAAAGAUUCUAGAUUCUAAGGUUUAAAGAGUCUAGAUUCAAAGGUUCUAGGCUUCAAAGAUGCUAUGAGUCUUGGUUCUAAGGACCUGAAAUUCCAAAGUCUCCAUUCUAAAGUGCUAAGGUUCUGGACAUGGAAGUUCCAAGGCCUCUAUGCCAAGGCUCUGAGAUUCUAUGGCUCUAGAUUUUUCUGAUUCUAAGAUUCUUGAUAAAGCCCACAAAAUUUUAGGUUCUAAAGCUCUAAGAUUCUAGUUCUAGGAUUUAAGGCUCUAUGAUUCAAAUUAUAUUUUUCUAGGAUUCUGAGUCCUUAGGGUAUAAGAAUCUAGAUUCUAUGGUUCUAAAAAUUCUACAGUUCUAAACAUGGAGGUUCUAAGACAUAAUGUUCUAAGCAUCUUACAGCAUAAGGCCUCUGGCCUUAAGGCUCUAGAUCAUAAGGCUUCAAGAUUUCAUCUUUUUAAUUUCUAAGAUUCUAAUGAUGGUCAAUUAUAGGUUCUAAGGUUUUAUGAUCCUUGAAACUCUUAUUAUGAGAUCAUGGACAGUUAUGGUCUAAGAUUCUAGAAUCUGCAAUUCAUAAGUUCUAAGAGUAUGAAGAUGGAGAUUCUAAGGUCUAAUGUCCUAAGAUGUGAUGUUCUAAGACUUAGUCAAAGAACCUAGAUCCUCUAUGUCUAAAAUUCUAGAUCAUAUGCUUCAAGAUUCUAGAUUAUUAAACUCUAAGAUUCUAAUGCUCUGUUCUUCGUUCCAUGGCACACUAGUUCUAUUGGUCCAAGAUUUGGAACCUCAGCAUCUAAAGUAUAAGACUCUAGUUAGUUGUGACUAACUAGAUACCAAAGUUCUAAUCAUUUCUAACGUUGGACACCUUAGGUUCUGUGUUGCAUUCCACCUUUCUAGGAUUUUAGUUAAGGGUCCAAGAAUCCACAGUUCUAAAUCUUAGGAUUCUAGGCACUGUAGUUCUAAUUCUAGACACUGUAAUUCAAAUGUUGUGAGAUUCUUAAAGAUCUACAGGGUCUAGAAAUCCAAGAUACGGUUCCAAGGUUCUAACCUUGUAGCAUUCUUCUGUGUGACCUUCCCCUUCUUAGCACCUCUGCUUUCUCUCCCUCUGUUGGAGUGUGCCCCCCACCUCAAGCCUGUGCAAUGCAUUAGGGAUACCUCCUUUCCCCAGGGGACAAUCCCCUCCUUGUGGGCCAUGCUGUCCCCCUGAGCCAGUCUCUCAUGCCCCCUAUACAGAGUGUGGACUCUGGUGCCUCCAGAGGGGCUCAUAUCACAUAAAAUUUUGUAAUCCCA